CGUAUCUACCUUUCUCUUCACUUGUGGUUCCACCCUCUCUCUUACCACAUCACACUGAGCACAGAUAGUGGAACCUCAGUGAGCUCAAAUCAACCAUGGCUUUCUCCUCCAAUGACCGCGACAACUUCGUCUAUGUUGCUAAGCUAUCAGAGCAAGCUGAGCGCUACGAUGAAAUGGUGGAUGCCAUGAAGAAGGUGGCGAAGAUGGACGUUGAGCUGAGUGUGGAAGAGAGGAACUUGUUCUCUGUUGGGUACAAAAACGUGGUGGGGUCUCGGAGAGCUUCGUGGAGGAUCCUAUCAUCGAUAGAGCAGAAAGAGGAGUCAAAAGGGAAUGAGUUGAGUGUUAAGCGUAUCAGGGAUUACAGGCACAAGGUGGAAUUGGAGCUGUCCAACAUUUGCAGUGACAUUAUGAUAAUUUUAGAUGAGCAUCUUAUCCCAUCCACGAAUGUUGCAGAGUCCACAGUGUUUUAUUAUAAGAUGAAAGGAGAUUAUUACCGGUAUUUAGCAGAAUUCAAGGCUGAGAAUGAAAAGAAAGACGUAGCGGAUCAGUCCCUUAAAGCAUACGAGGCUGCUUCUGCCACUGCUGAGAGUGAAUUACAACCUACACAUCCUAUCCGAUUGGGCCUGGCUCUAAAUUUCUCCGUGUUUUAUUAUGAGAUAAUGAAUUCACCUGAAAGGGCCUGCCGCCUUGCAAAGCAAGCCUUUGAUGAUGCCGUCUCGGAGCUGGAUACCCUGAAUGAAGAUUCUUACAAGGACAGUACCUUGAUCAUGCAGCUGUUGCGAGACAACCUUGCUUUAUGGACUUCUGAUAUCCCUGAAGAUGGUGAUGACCAAAAAAUGGAAAGCGCAGCCAUGGGUGGUGAAGGAGAAAAUGAGUUGGGCCGCUAACCCGUCGGUAUGUCAAUACCAUGAUAUUGUAGUGAAUCCUCUAUAUGGGUGGUGCUCGUCGUCAACUUUUGAGUCAUUGUUAUUUUAGAGUGACAGCAUAUUUGAAUUAUCUGCUUCAUUUGCAAUAUUGUUGGCUAGUUUUAUUUAUGUUUCUGCAACAAUAGCACCAUUGGUUUGUAAUGCUUGAUUCCUCUAUUUGAAUCGUGUUAUGAUUAAGAUCAGCUCGUCGGUUGGCCCUUGAAAAA